AUGCCGUCUGCCACCAUUGACCAUGCGCAGGACUCCAUUGUCGGUGGCCACCCAGAUAGCCGGCCUCGCCUGGCCAAGCCCCUGACAUAUGCCGGCACCCUGGAUAGCUUCGAGCAAUUCGACGUGACCCCGGUCAUUGGACGCGAAUACUCGGGACUGCACCUGCGCGACCUGCUCAAAGGCUCUGACGAGCAGAUGCGCGACUUGGCGCUGACCAUUUCCCAGCGAGGCGUCGUCUUUCUUCGUGGGCAAGGCGAUGCCACGCCCAUGGAGAUGAAAGAUUUUAUGCUGCGGCUGACUGAGGCGAGUGGAUGCCCGGCAAGCUCCGACCUGCAUGUGCAUCCUCUGACCGAGGAGGGCAGCGAGCUCGGCGACCAGGUCAGCGUCAUCUCGAGCGCGAAGCAGAAGAAGGGCGGAGGCUUGACCCAUCAGUUGAGCGAUGUGAGCCGCUUUGCCAGCACGGGGUGGCACAGCGACAUCACCUUUGAGAAGGUCCCUUCAGAUUACGCGAUGCUCAAGAUCCACACUUUGCCCCCGACGGGCGGUGACACUCUCUGGGCCUCCGGCUACGAGAUCUACGACCGUCUUUCCCCACCCAUGAAGGCCUUCCUCGAGACACUGACCGCCACCCAUGACGCCUCCUUCUUCCACGAGGAGGCAGAGCGUCUCGGCAACCCCCUCCGCAAGGAAAAGCGCGGCUCUCCCCUCAACCAAGGCGGCGACCUGCGCGCGGUGCACCCUCUCAUCCGCACCAACCCCGUCACUGGGUGGAAGUCUGUCUAUGUCAACAAGGGCUUCACCAAGCGCAUCAACGAUAUCACCAAGGACGAGAGUGACGUGCUCCUCGCGUACCUUUUCAACCUGGUCACCCAGAAUCACGAUGCGCAGGUGCGUUUCAAGUGGAGUGCCGGUGACCUGGCCAUCUGGGACAACAGGUCGACUUUCCACUGCGCGACGUAUGAUUACAAUGCCGACAGAGCGGGCGAUCGUGUCUGCAGCUUGGGCGAGGCGCCUUAUCUUGAUCUCAACAGCAAGAGCAGGAGAGAGGCAUUGGGACUGUGA